UGAUCAUUGUGAAGUAGACUGAAGGGUAGAGACUGUUGAUCAUUGUGUAGUAGACUGAAGGGUAGAGACUGUUGAUCAUUGUGUUGUAGACUGAAGGGUAGAGACUGUUGAUCAUUGUGUAGUAGACUGAAGGUAGAGACUGUUGAUCAUUGUGUAGUAGACUGAAGGGUAGAGACUGUUGAUCAUUGUGUAGUAGACUGAAGGGUAGAGACUGUUGAUCAUUGUGUAGUAGACUGAAGGGUAGAGAUUGUUGAUCAUUGUGUAGUAGACUGAAGGUUAAGGGCAGAGGAGACAGUUUUAGACCAACUAUCACUGAGUGGUGGUGGUUGACUUGUGGUUAGGUUAGCAUAGCUGUGGUCGAGGAGCGGUCGAAGAGCGUUCAUGGUCCUGGCUAUGGAGGACGCCUGUCCCAACGGGGUGGAGGUAGCGGUGGAUUCCCCUCCGGAUGCAGCCGGGACGGGAGAGCAAGGCGAGACAGGAGAUGGGUCGGCUGGGGAGGGGGCGGCUGCUGAGCCCACAGAGGGAGCCGACACAUCAGGAGCGAUGCAGCAGGUGUUGAACAACCUGGGGGAGCUGCCCACCUCCACGGGGGCCAAAGACAUCGACCUCAUCUUCCUCAGAGGCAUCAUGGAGAGUCCCAUUGUACGGUCACUCAUCAAGGUAGCAGACACACAUAGGGGAGAACACACUGAGACUGACUCACACACUGACAGUCCUCUUCUGGCUGCCCACGAGCGAUUGGAGGACGUGAGGCUGGAGGCGGUGCAGGACAACAACGUGGAGCUGGUCACAGACAUCCUGGGCGACAUCACCGCCCUCAGCGUCCGCGACGACAGAGCAGCGGAACUCUCCCGAAUCCUCCAGGAGCCCCACUUCCAGUCCCUCCUGGAGGCCCACGACAUGGUAGCCUCUAAGUGCUAUGAGGCUGUGCCCCCAGCAGAGCUGUCCAAUGAGGCGCUGGUGAACAGUGCUCUGAUGCAGGCCGACGCUGUACGCAUGAUCGGCAUCCGGAAGAAGGCUGGAGAACCACUGGGAGUGACGUUCAGAGUGGAGAAGGAGGAGCUGGUCAUCGCUAGGAUCCUCCACGGAGGAAUGAUUGACAGGCAGGGUCUGCUACACGUGGGUGACAUCAUAAAGGAAGUGAAUGGGCGGGACGUAGGGAACAACCCCACUGAGCUGCAGGAGAUGCUGAAGGACUGCAGCGGAGGAAUCACUCUGAAGAUACUGCCUAGUUAUAGAGAUGCACCUGCCCCACCACAGGUGUACGUGCAACCACACUUUGACUACGAUCCAGCCAAUGACCAUCUGAUCCCGUGUCGAGAGGCGGGGAUUGGCUUCAAGAGGGGGGACCUCCUUCAGAUUGUCAACAGAGAGGACCCCAACUGGUGGCAGGCAUGUCAUGUGGUUGGUGGAGCCACUGGACUGAUCCCCAGUCAGUUUCUGGAGGAGAAGAGGAAAGCCUUCGUCCCACGAGACUUUGACGGCUCAGGGAUCCUGUGUGGUACAAUAACUGGAAAGAAAAAGAAAAAAAUGAUGUACCUAACAGCCAAGAAUGCAGAGUUUGAUAGGCACGAGCUGCAGAUCUAUGAGGAGGUGGCCAAGAUGCCCCCGUUCCAGAGGAAGACCUUGGUUCUGAUUGGAGCGCAGGGGGUGGGCCGCCGUAGCCUCAAGAACCGACUGGUGGUCCUCAACCCAACACACUUCGGAACCACCAUCCCCUUCACCUCCAGGCGUCCCCGUGACGAUGAGCUGGACGGUAACUCAUACCAGUUCGUAACACGGACGGAGAUGGAGGCGGACGUGAAGGCGGGCCGUUACCUGGAGCACGGCGAGUACGACGGGAACCUCUACGGAACCAAGAUGGACUCCAUCCACGAGGUGGUGGACACGAGACGAACCUGCAUCCUGGAUGUCAACCCACAGGCUCUGAAGGUACUAAAGACAGCAGAGUUCAUGCCAUAUGUGGUGUUCAUCGCAGCACCAGAGUUUGAGACGCUCAAGGCCAUGCACAAAGCUACGGUGGACGCCGGAAUCACCACCAAACAACUCACGGAUGUGGAUCUGAGGAAGACUGUUGAUGAGAGUGCUCGUAUCCAGAGGGCAUACAACCACUAUUUCGACCUCAUCAUCACCAACGACAACCUGGAUCGCGCCUUCGAGACGCUACAGGCUGCCGUCGACAAACUCUGCUCCGAACCACAGUGGGUCCCCGUUAACUGGGUCUACUGAACCCCAACAGGACACUGUCUAACUGGGUCUACUGAACCCCAACCGGACACUGUCUGACUGGGUCUACUGAACUCCAACCGGACACUGUCUAACUGGGUCUACUGAACCCCAACCGGACACUGUCUAACUGGGUCUACUGAACCCCAACCGGACACUGUCUGACUGGGUCUACUGAACCCCAACCGGACACUGUCUAACUGGGUCUACUGAACCCCAACCGGACACUGUCUGACUGGGUCUACUGAACCCCAACCGGACACUGUCUGACUGGGUCUACUGAACCCCAGCCGGACACUGUCUAACUGGGUCUACUGAACCCCAACCGGACACUGUCUGACUGGGUCUACUGAACCUCGACCGGACACUGUCUAACUGGGUCUACUGAACCCCAACCGGACACUGUCUGACUGGGUCAACUUGACCCCGACCGGACACUGUCUGACUGGGUCAACUUGACCCCGAACGGACACUGUCUGACUGGGUCAACUUGACCCCGACCGGACACUGUCUGACUGGGUCAACUUGACCCCGAACGGACACCGUCUGACUGGGUCAACUUGACCGUGCGUGUUCAACCACCGAGGCAGGGGAAAGGACAUGAGAAAGGGGGUUGGUAAUCUGUGGUACUCUGACGGGGUGGAAAACCAACCAAACCAAGCGCCUCCUCCUCUCUCCUUACCUCCUGCACACAAUGCAACUGUUUUCUUCAGGAAACUCGAAGGGAAAGACUUCUUAUAUAUUUUGGUAUUUUGUAACUUUUUACGAACAAUCUUUCUAUUGAUACCAACCUGGAAUUCAAAAACAUGAAAAAAUAAACAUCAAGGCCAAACAUUUGAGCCAUAUUUUUUAAUUGAUUUGUUUUUACGUUCGUUUUUUUGUAGUUGUAUCCCUGAGAACGAAUGAUGUUUUCUCUUCUUGUCUGGGGACUGCUCUAGAAAGAGGAUUUAUUAUUGUUAUAUCAACACAGGUCAAUAAUGAAGAUGAGACACUAUGCAAUAUUCCAGAACUCUGAGCAGUGUUGCCAAGGAAACCUUUUUACGGCGCAUGUCAUUGCUAUGACAACUAGUGUGUCUCAGACCGAAUCCUGUGGACACCCCUUGUGUGAUUGUCGUAGACCGCCCCCCCCCCUCCAAAUACCCUACAGUGUACUGUUAGGCUACCCCCUGACGUUUGUAUUUACCUCUUUAGAAUUGUGACCUCAGCAAAAAUGAACUUGUCUGAAUAUCUAUCCCUCACACAUCCUACAAAGAGAAUGAAAGGAAAAGAGCUUUACACUUUACAUUGUACUAUUGAAUAUCAGCAUUUAAACACGGUGUUUCUUCGUCUUUCUUUUACUACCGUAGGAUUCACUGUCUUUUGUGGCUAUGAUGAUCAUUUUUAGCUUAGUGACUCUUUUUGUCUCCCAUGAUCCUUUACUUUGUGUUUUCUAUAUUGAACAGACUACAUCCUGCUUUUACCAUUCCCCAUCUACCCUGAUCUGUAUGUAAGUUUUUUAAUUAGUUGAUGUGGCACGAAACAAUACUAUCCCACAGUCCUCCUCCGGUGUCAAAGCACCAAAGCCCUCCUCCAGUGUCUCCCACAGUCCUCCGGUGUCUCCCAGAGUCCUCCCACAGUCCUCCUCCGGUGUCUCCCACAGUCCUCCUCCGGUGUCUCCCACAGUCCUCCUCCGGUGUCUCCCACAGUCCUCCUCCCCCAGUGUCUCCCACAGUCCUCCUCCCCCAGUGUCUCCCACAGUCCUCCUCCAGUGUCUCCACAGUCCUCCCCAGUGUCUCCCACAGUCCUCCCCCAGUGUCUCCCACAGUC